AGAAUAUUCUCGGCAUGCUCUGUUAAUAAAGCCCUUUAGCCCAUUCCAAAUGGGUACUAUACACACGCAUCAUCAAAUGUACAUAUAACCUGCGUGUCAAGGUUAAGAAGAAGAAGAAGAGUCAACACUAUGGUUUCAUCUGGUGUUGCCCCUUUAAUUUUUCUGCUACUCGUUCUUGGGUGUUCUGCACGACCUCUUUAUCCACUCCCUAGCAGAAGGAAUGAUAAAACUAAACAGCCCCUUCAAACUUUCCGUCCAUAUAAUGUAGCACAUCGUGGUUCUAAUGGGGAAAUUCCUGAAGAAACUGCUGCUGCAUAUAUGAGGGCUAUUGAAGAGGGUACAGACUUCAUAGAAACAGAUAUUCUUGCAUCCAAAGAUGGUGCACUUAUAUGCUUCCAUGAUGUAAUUCUUGAUAAUACGACUGAUAUAGCCGAACACAAAAAGUUUGCAACACGAAAGAGGACGUAUGAUGUACAAGGGGUCAAUAAAACCGGCUAUUUUACUGUUGAUUUUACUCUUGAUGAACUGAAAUCAUUAAGGGUGAAGCAGAGGCAAUGGUUCCGGGACCAACAAUAUAAUGGAAAAUUUUCCAUCAUUACUUUCGAAGAGUUUAUCUCAAUUGCACUGGAUGCACCUAGAGUAGUGGGAAUAUAUCCAGAAAUUAAAAGUCCGGUCCUGAUCAACCAGCAUGUAAAAUGGCCAGGUGGUAAGAAAUUUGAAGACAAAUUUGUUGAGACACUUGUGAAGUAUGGAUACAGAGGUUCCUAUCUGUCAAAGCAAUGGUUAAAACAACCUGCAUUUAUCCAGUCCUUCGCCCCCACAUCACUUAUUUAUAUAUCAAACCAGACCGACUUGCCUAAAAUUUUCUUAAUUGAUGAUGUAGAUGUUCCGUGUCAAGACACUAAUCAGACAUUUGCAGAAAUCACUUCAGAUGGUUACCUUGACUUUAUAAAAGAAUACGUAGUGGGGAUUGGACCUGGGAAGGAUACGCUGGUUUCUGUAUCAAAUAAUUAUCUGCAAACACCUAACGACCUUGUUGCCAGAGCACAUGCUCAUGACUUGCAGGUGCACCCAUACACCUUUCGGAAUGAAAAUCAGUUUUUACAUUAUAACUACAGUCAAGACCCGUAUCUCGAAUAUGAUUACUGGAUAAACGAAGUGGGAGUUGAUGGACUCUUUACCGACUUCACUGGUAGUCUCCACAGAUACCAAGAAUGGACCUCUCCUUCCAUCUCUGAUGAUGAUGCAUCUACCUUAUUGCAUAAGAUUGCAUCAAUGGUCUCAAAGUAUCAUAAGACAUAAGAUAUUCAAUAGACAAUUAUACUCAGUUUCUAGCGCAACCACAAACUAUGCGCAUUCAUUUAUCUUUUUUGGUAAUUAUUAAAAGCUACUCUUUCUUAUUUAA